AUGGAUGAAAAAAUUUUACUCGAUCAAUUUCGUCAAAUGGAUAAAGAUGGAAAUGGGACUCUGUCAAAAAGAGAAAUAAGACAUUGUAUGAAGUUAAGUGGAUUUAAUGAAGCCUUUCUUACGGAAUUUAUCAAAACAUUCGAUUUAGAUGGAGAUGGUGAAAUAACUUUAGAAGAAUAUGAAAAAGUACUAAAUAUUGUUCCGAAAGAAGAAAAGGAUAUUUUUGUUUCUUACAGGGCAGCUGUUUGGCGUAGCGUAUUUAACGACAUGGAUAAGGAUCAUUCUGGGAAAAUAUGUGUUUCUGAAGUAGUAAGUUUAUUGAGUGAAAUGGGCUAUGAUAUACAAACAACUGAACUCAAUGAGUGGAUGAAUAGGAAUAAAAUUAACAAAGAUGUUGGGAUGGAUUAUCAACAGUUUUUAAAUUUCAUGCGUCGUAAUUAAAUUUAAUUGUUAAAAGUGUUUGGCAAAUUAUUGAAUUAUUAUUUCACUCACUAUCGUGUUUUGAAAUCGCCGAAUCACUCAAAGUCCAUCUUUCUUAGUGAAAAUCUAAUGACUAUGUAGUUAAUUUCGGUUACUUUUUGGUAUUAUGAAUGUAUAUAAAUACUCAUAAAUACAAUAUACAUCUUU